AGUGUGGGGACAGGCCAUUUGACCCAACAAGUCCAUACCGUCUGAAGAGCACCCCACUCAGACUCAUUCCCGUAACCCUGCAUUCCCACAGACACGAAACCAAUCCAGUUCACUUGCAUAUCUUUGGAUGUGUUGGAGAAAAAGAAACCCGGAGGAAACCCACACAGACAGAUACCGGAAGCUGGAAUUGAACCCAUAUCCCUGGCAUCGUGAGGCUGUAGCGCUAACCACUACCGUGCAGCUUCGAGUUGAAUACAGCUUGUUCCUUGAGCAGUUGCUGUUUUCGUUUGUUCCUGACCCGCAGUAUCGGCAGAUUGAGUGAUCUUUUCCAGACCAACAGCCAUCCUUCCUCCUCCUGCCUUUCCAUCCCUCUGACCCUGUUCCGCUUGCAGAAACCCCGAAAGAUCUCAACAGGCUCCUCCUCUUUCGCUUCCCGUUAUAUCCCCUGCGGAGCUCAGAAACCGGGUCUGCGGACAGAUGAAGACCUUUGCCUUUUCUCUUCUUCGCCUUUUGCAGUUUCUCGCCUGCUCGGCUUCAGCACAGUAUGAGAAAGACAGCAUCGUGGCUGCUAUAGGCUCCUCCGUUCUACUUCCUGGAAUGGAUAAAGGAUUCAGCAGUCUCCAGUGGGAUUUCUCAAAGCCUGGCAAGAUCCUUCCCAUUUUAGAUUACAAUGAAGGGCAUCAAGAAACAUGUAAUCUGUAUAAGAAUAGAGUUGAACUGAACAAAUCAGAUGGGUCCUUGUUACUGAAAGAUGUGCGUGAGGGGGAUACUGGCAGAUAUAAAGUGACAGUGGACUUAGACCCGAUUAGGACCAGAAUUGUCACGCUGACAGUGUUUGAUCCUCUCCCCACACCCACCAUUUCCAGUAACUACAGCCUCGAGCACCACACAGUGAUGCUGAACUGUGUGGUGCAGAGGGGGAAGGCCCAUUCUGUUCAGUGGACCAAAGGGCGACUGGCACUCCCGGCUCAUGAACGUCAUUGGAUGUCGGAGGACAACAGAACUUUAUUCAUUUGGAACGCUCGGAAGUCGGACUCUGGUUAUUAUACGUGCACUGUUGUAAACCCAGUCGGCCAAAACAACACCACCUACCAACUAUCCAUUAAGAGUUAUGGACCUAAUUCCAGAGGUCAAUUUGCGUUGGUUCCAGCCAUUGUUGUGUGUUUGGCCAUGCUCCUAGGAGUAAUUGCAUGUCACCGUGUUCGGAGAUGUUAUAACACAGUUUGAACCCGAGGUCAUCUACUCCAGAGGUAGGGACACCACCACUUAACGGAGACGGCAAAAGCCCCGGAACAGAAAGAGAAGCUGUGUUGUCCGGCACACGGUUAACUCCGGUUACCAGCGCCUGAAUAUGACAGCAACAGGAACUGGCUCAGAUGAGAAUCUCCUUCUGAAAUUGGGCAGGAUUGGAAUGUGCAGUUGAAGUGAACAGGGCGACGUGGCUAAAUUAUUUCGCAAACAAUUCAACAUUUAAAAAUCAAUCGUCGUUAACAAAGGAGUGUGAAAAUCAAGCCAGCCCGAAUGAUAAAUUUAAUCUUUAACCUGAACAUUUUGCAUAAAACACGCAAAUGGA